GCUUCAGUAAACAACCAAACAACAUUCAAGUCCGGGCUUUAUAAUAUUUUACAUAUUGUUAAAAAGUAGUAUUAUAAAAUUAUUAGAAAUAUUUUGGCAUAAAAAUAACUCGACUAGUUUUUAAGCUUCGAUUAAUAAAACAAUCUAAUUUUACGAUAUAUAUAUAUAUAUAUACUCAUAUUUAGUGAAGUACACGACGUCUACAUUGUCAAACUAUACUAAACAUAUGAUUAGGUAACGAGAAAGUGGAAAACUUCAUAUAUAUUGAUAAUUAAAACCACGUGAUUUGCGAACGCGAGUAUAAUUGCGUCUCACAAGUGCGAUUUCUUGGAAAGAUAAUUGAAAAAAACAAAAUUACACGAUAAAGUUGAAACCAAAGGAUAUAUACAGAGGAACAAAAAAGUUGUAUUUCGAAUAUUUUUAUAUUGGUGCGGAACAAAGCAAAUUGACACAUUAAGUUUCCUAACAAAUAAAACUUUAAGAAUUUCGGUGAAUCAGUUUCAGUAAUAUUUUUGGUGAUAUUUCUGUUUCGUGAAGUUUUUGUGACUUCUCGCUUUUGCCUUAAUUUUCAAUUUUCAUUGGAUGAUGGUUCUCAGCAAGCAUGUACGUCAUUGUCGAACCCGAUGCGCUGCAGCAGUUACCAGACGGCUCACGAAUGCGGCACAAAGCCGAGAUGCGGCCCUCAACGCUCCGACAAUGGCCUCCAAACUUUCAGGAACGUCGAGCAUUAUAGAAAAAACAAAAAUGUCAUUGCAAAACAGUUGGAAACUGUUGAGUCGCUAUGGCAGUGGAAAUUCGGGAAUCUCUGAAUAUAACAGAAACUUACAGAUAGUAAUGAGCAAAGAAUGGAUGGAGCUUUUCAAAAAAGUAACAUAUGCUCAAAUAGAAAGCAUGAGAAAAUUCUCCGUAGCAAAGAAUUUGAGUGAGAGAAGCAGGGACGAAGAGUCAAAAAUUGAAAAGACUCAGUCGACAGAAAAAGCCGUAGCUGUAGCCGUGCCCGCUGAGAAUGAAAAAGAGAAAAUUGAAGAACCACCCAAACCUAAGGAAGUUAACUCUCCCGUCGUUGAACAAUCAAUUCGAGAUCAGAUUUAUGCAUUCCCUCAGGUUCUUUCCGCGCUUUUGCCACAAUUUAAUUCAACAAAAAAUAACAAAGAUUCUCUCAUCCCUGGAGCCGUUGACCUCAAACAUACCACAAUUCCAAAAUGGAAAAUGAACAUACCUACAAGUAUUUCUAAGCACAGCAUCACAUCUAGAACUAGACAUGUCCUAAACAGUAUUGCCACAGCCGAAUCUGCCGCUUCGAGAUGGAGACGAGUCGAAGAUUUGCUCGCUCAUAUUGAACAAUAUCCCGAAGCUCGACACCAUGCCAUUAAGGAAGGAGCCAUCGCCGUUCUACUCAAAGCCAGAACAAAAACAAAAGAUCCUCAGAUUACUGGUUCUAUCAGAGAAGCUCUUGCUGUAAUGGGCCAUGUAGAUCCUUUGCCAGGUCGUGGAAUUAGAAUCUUGACUAUAGACGGGGGAGGAAUACGGGGUCUUGUAGUUCUAGAGAUGUUGAAAAAAUUGGAACAACUCACGGGCCAGAAAGUACACGAGAUGUUUGACUACAUGUGCGGAGUAAGCACAGGCGCGAUAUUAUCGGCAACUCUGGGUGGACUCAAGAGGAAAUCCUUGGACGAAAUUUCCGAACUGUAUAAAGCUUUAAGCACGAAAAUAUUCACCCGUGGUACGAUUCGGGGAGCGAGCAAUUUGGUUUGGAGUCAUUCAUAUUACGAUACAGAGCUUUGGGAACAAAUGUUGCAAGAACAUUUGGGCGAUAAAGAUCUUAUUAAAACCGCUAGAGAUCCAAAUUCACCCAAGUUCGCAGCUGUCUCGGCCGUAAUAAAUCAUGCUCCGAUAAUGGUAUAUAUUUUUCGAAACUAUACUCUCCCUUAUCGAGUUGAGAGUCAGUACAUGGGAUCCCACAGACACAAGGUUUGGGAAGCUGUCAGAGCUUCAGCAGCAGCACCCACAUAUUUCGGAGAAUUCAAGCAAGGAGACUAUCUGUUCACAGACGGUGGGUUGAUGGUAAAUAAUCCAUGUGCUGUCGCGAUUCACGAAGCCAAACAACUGUGGCCCAACACACCGAUCCAAUGUGUUGUUUCGUUUGGGACUGGAAGAAUUCCCACGGUAAUAGGUGACAGUGGCAACGAUGUCGGAGAAUCGACCAUCGGUUGGAAGGAAAAGUUUCAUAAAAUUCUGGCCAGUGCUACCGAUACCGAGGCCGUUCAUACGAUGUUGAACGACCUUUUACCAGAUCACGUCUACUAUCGAUUCAAUCCCUACCUCACAGAAAUGCUUUCUAUGGAAGAGAUACGACCAGAAAAAAUAAUGCAACUAGAGGGUGACGCGAUGAUGUAUAUCAGGAAAAAUGAGGCCAAAUUUAGACACGCAGCAGCUGCUUUGACGCAAAAAAGAAGUCCAACUCAAAAAUUGGCCGACUGGUGCAUUCUCAAUAAGAAAUUGAUGGGCCUUUAGAGUGCUCGGAAAAAUGAACGAUUUUCGUCUUCGAUUACCCCGCGAAUUGAAAAUUACCCGCAAAUUCGGUUAAUUAAUAUAAUACAUGACGAAAAAAACGAUCGAACGAACGAACGAACGAAAUGGUGAUUCGAAACUCUGAACGAACGACACGGGAAAAUAAAUCUCGCCAUGAAGCAGUCAUUUUUUCUUCAACAGCAUUGCAAUCUUGAAUUUUCGUAUUCCAAAGACCAAAAGGAUAACAAGUUUUGAAACCUAAUUGUGAUACAACGCAAUACACUUAGUUACCUUAUUUAUUCCUAUGCACGUUAGUUUUUUUUAAUUCAAGUUCAAUCGUCAUUUGCAGCUUAUUCUUAUUAUCUACGAGUACAAAAAAGUGAUUAAUGCAAAGGACAUAAUGCAUAAAAAGUUGUACAAAAUUUUAUUUUAACUCUGAAACAUUGAUUGAACAAAUAAUCAAAUAAGAAUUUCAUGAGUGAAAUAACAUGCAUGUAAUUUAACAUUAAUUACUCAGAUUCAGUACGAUAUACAAUUAAUGUUUAUAGACAGCAACUUGCACGAUUGAUACAGAAUGAGUGAAUGAAAAAAACUCAUAAGAAUUUAGCACUUUUCUACAAUUAAUUAGAUAAAUGGAAAUCAAUUGCAAAGAAUAAUCCAAGAUUUUUGUUUGAUUCAUCAGAACUUGUAGUUAAUCGAAAGAAUCGUUACUGUAGAAGAACAAAUAUUAAUUUACAUUGAAUAAACAAUCAUUGUUUAUAUAAGUUAUCCUUAUGAAAUAAAAGUGGAAAUAAUGACACCUGGCUAGAAUUGCUAUGUAUAUCAAAUUUGUGUACGCGCGAUGUUGUAUAUUGAAGAUGUGCAAGAAAAAAUUCAUGAAUAAAUGGAUGUAAUAUAUAUUGUAAA